AUGAAAAUACUCGGAGUCCCAGUGGCAGUAAAAAACAAAGUGGCACAGAAUGCAGUUGCCUCCUUAGGAAUUAUAACUUCCUUAUACGGUAAUUUAGACAUAGGUAAACCGUACAGAUUAAGAUCCCCUGAUCUAUUUUCAUUUUUAAACAGGUUCUACCACUUGACGCAUAUUGGACUAAUCCUUACAGCUAUUACACUGGGGAUGUGUAUAAUGUACAGGGGCAGGUGUACAUCUAACACACAAAAGGAACGCGUUGAUAAUUUUAUGUAUAAAAUAUACCCGAACUUAUUCGCACUGACUAUUACUGUGGAGUUAUUCAUCCCUGUUUCAUUCUGGGUUAUGUGGCAUAUAGAUAAGUCACUCGUAGUAAACCCUUCUUAUUAUGAUGGUGAUGACGGUAUCUCACUCUUCUUUAAUCUGUGCAUGCACGGGUUUCCAACCGUAUUCUUAUUGGUGGAAUUCUUUUACAUAGAGUUGUUGAACACACUGGCAAGUUAUGGGUUACUUUUCUUGUUCUUCAUUGGUUAUAUCAUUCUUAUGCAUGUUUGUUAUGAAUUGAAUGGGUACUGGCCGUACGGUGUGAUUAAAACCCUCACUGGCACAUACCGUGUAUUAUUCUUCUGUGUGUGUUAUUUAUCCAUAUGUACAGUGUAUUAUAUGCUUACAGUAAUAAAUAAAUACAUCUGGACAAGAGCACACAUAAGCACAAAUAACAAAAAGGAAAAAAGAACCACAGAACAAGAAAAAGUAAAGUAAAAGAAGAAGAAGGCAUGAGUAUAAUAGGAGUAACAGAAGUAUAUCAUGAUAUAAUCCGAAUAGGCAUAAGUAUGUCUAUAUCACAUAUGUCACAUAUGCCUAUAGUAUACAUAUACUAUAUAAGCAUACCAUAAUUAGAAUAGUACAUGUAUAUCACAGUACAAGAAGAGUAUAUAAUAUACACCAAUUAAUAUACAUCACUGUGUACUUAGCAUAUACCACUGUACACCAUACACUUAGCAUAUACUUAGCAUAUACUUAGCAUAUACUUAGCAUAUAUACCAUAUACUUAGCAUAUACCACUAUAUACCAUACACUUAGCAUAUACACCAUAUACUUAGCAUAUACCACUGUACACCAUAUAUACCAUAUAUACCAUAUACUUAGCAUAUACCACUGUACACCAUAUAUACCAUAUAUACCAUAUACUUAGCAUAUACCACUGUGUACCAUACACUUAGCAUAUACCACUGUAUACC